AUGACGAUUAUUGCUGCUGGAGAUAAACUUAUGCGAGACUUGGACUCUGCAACUCAAUGGGAUCAUUCGAACACUUGGCAGUAUUACCCAGAUCUUGAACAGAAUGCGAGCAACUGCGGCGUGCGACAAUCGAAUCCCGGAUUUCAGCCCCUAAAAGCUGUGCACCACGGGUUGGAGGAGCACUCGGCAUCGAUACACAAUGACUCCAGAGUAACCGAACUCCCCGCUCUCGACCAGUUUGCCUUGAAAAUGGAAUACUGGCCUCAAGAACAACCACAGUACACAGAAAACGUGUGCGUGUCUGACGUUCUAUCAAAUUUAUGCGUCGAGCUUCCGUAUCAUCCUAGCAGAAUUCAUUUUACUGAAACUCCUUGCCCAAGUGCCAUUUCCUCAGUUGUUGAUGUCAAUUCGUUGGCUCAAGAUCUGAGUACUCCAGAACUGCUAUCAAACUUAGAGCGGGAACAGAAAUACUCAAAUCCAUGGCCCUCAGAGGCAGCCGCUGCAGACAGCUACCUAGCUUUUGGUUCUCAGCAUAUUCCUGGUAUCAAUUUCCAAGAUGGGGGAAUACAGGGGCGUGCAAACGUACAACCUUUCUCGUUUACAUCCUGGCAGGGUGUUGUUGACCAGGUGUCCUCUGACAGAGCCUCCCAAAACAUCCAGCAGUCACAGUUAAGUUCAGCAUUCCACCCUACAAUUGUGCAAACUUGUGGGCUACUUCAAGAUGAGCCAAAUACAAUACUGCCAGAGUGCGAGAUCCAACUUGAAGCAAAUUUGCUGCGAUUGAAAAAUUCUUCUGAAACAAAGAGAGCGAAAACCAGGUGUGUAUCAGGAGACUUCUCGAGUUGCCCAGUGAGACAAAAGACUCCAUCUACUCGCCAGAUUACUCCAAGACGGAAAAAAGGAGAAAAGAGUCCAAUGCAGAGACCCGCAAUAUCUAAACGACAAGCGAGCCCAACAGAUCUAAUACUACACGGAGCGGCUCUCUUGAGCAACCCGUCUCGGAGUGGGUCAGAUGAGGAUGAGCCGAAAGCAGCCGCUAAAGCGCGAAGGUCUUUUCAAAUAGUUCAUGAAGAUGGACAAGGAAAUUCAACUGCAUCUUCUUCUCAAACAAUGCCCAUCGCCCGAGCACGCCGACAGGGACCCUUGUCCGCGAAUGGAAGACGUGAUGCGGCUUUACGGAGAAAGGACAGGAGCGUCUGUAUCUGGUGCCGUUUGUCGAAAAAGAAGUGCUCGGGUCAAAAUCCAUGUGGCGCAUGUGUUGAGCAAGCCAAAUCCAUGAUUGUUGAGCAACCAUGCGUGAAAGCAGACUUUUUCCAAAUAGUCGAGGCAGGAACGUGCAAUUAUAUAUCCCAACGUGCCGUUAACCACCUUACGCUGGACGGCUCAUCUAGACGUCGCAUGGAGCUGCCAUCUGUUUUAAACAUUGAUCAAUUUGUCGACUUGCUGGAGAAACGUCGAGGGAAAUUUAACAUACGGGUGCGACAGGCAUGGGGAACACUCUUCGUUCUAGAUUUGGAAGAAUCCUGGAGCUACGUGAAAUGCCUUCAAGGGAAACAAGGGAGUAAUGUGUACGAUCUGCAAGAUUUUAUUGAUAAUCAUAUCUUGAAACUUAAUAACUGGCAGAGAUGCGUAAAGGAGUGCAACCCUGUGGAUGAUAUGCUUUCGCUAUUGUCGCAGUGGAAUACCAUGCCUAGUCGAGCAAGCUACGAUUUUGUUUUUGAAGAUAGCAAAAUACCUGACCGUCCGAUGAAUAUUGAACACCCCGGUGACCAGUUAGAGAUCCUUCUAGCUGCACAUCUAUCUCGAAUAGUUUGUCGUAAACUUGAAGUCGACGGAUAUCGAAACCUACAAUACGUUCUUAACAAGAACAAAUGGGACGACAUGUCUUCUGUUGCUUUCGUAAGACUUGUUUCUCAACUUGGGCAUAUACUCGUCAGUCUUCGCUGGAGAGUAUCCUGGUGGGAGCUCCUCGGCGACGGCGGAAUGAAGCCGGAUAUCAAUAAGGAACGAUACCAAGAACGUGUUCAAAGUUUAUGCAAAAUCCUUUACUUCUAUUUCACUUCAGUCAAACUCAAGCUACCGUCGUGGAUUGCCCCGGGCGAAUUUGACGGCGUCUGGUCAACCUAUGCUGAUGCCAGGCAGGUCUGGGACGAUUUCCCAUCCAUGGCUACGGCAGAGGGGUUUGAGGCGUGGAUGGCAAGGGGGAAGGAGCUUAUUCGAGAGGCUGGAGUACGGAGCAGCAUUCCUACUAUAUGA